UUUAAAGCUAUAUACAAUUUUGAUAUAAGGCAAUGUUCGAAUUUUCAUUUUUCCAAAUUACAAUACGUCACGGCUUAAAAGAAAUACUUCUGGUUCAGUGGUGAAACGAAGGUUUAUUAAAAACCACUAAUGCACAUGGAACUCAUAAGCAUAUAAUCAUGAGUCUAUCGAUGUACAAAAUAUUACAAUCGGAAUUUGGAUUUUGAAAUCAGAACCGCGAACAGACAUCUAAAUAAUCCGAUUUAAUUUCGUUCUGUGACUGAGAAUUAACGGAAUAGUGAAGUAGUAAUAUAACAACAGGUAGAAUUACAUGUUGAAUUUAAUAAACGAAACGCUAUUUGUUAAAUCCAUUUCGUGCAAGGUGCUUAAAGACGUUUAGUGAUGCGGUGCGCGAUUAAACCAGCUCAAAAAAGAGGCAUGGAACCGUGCACCGUCGUCACUUAACCUAUAAAUCUGUAUGAACGACUGAUUUAACGGAUAUUUAGAAUAUCGCUGCUUGUAGAUCCUCCGAACGAAUCAAAUUUGGAGUCAAUGAUACCAAACGGAGUACAAAACGAAAAAAAGGAGAAAUGCUCUCCAAUAAGAUCUUCGUCUUCCUCGCCUUUAAUGAAGUUUUCUUCCUAUCUUUUAUCAAUUAGACCUUGGUCGCUGAGUGCCUCGCUGAUACCAACAAUGCUGGGCUCGGCAUUAGCUUAUAAAUUAAUAGGACUAACUGGUCUGAGCUGUAUUACUUUAAUAUUAACUUUGUUUACAGUUGCUUGUGUUCAUGGUGCUGGCAACGUAGUCAAUACAUAUUUUGAUUACAUUAAAGGAGUGGAUAGUCGGAAAAGUGACGAUAGAAUUUUAGUCGAUCAACUACUAUCUCAAGAUGAAUUAGUUUCUUUAGGAGCCUGGCUAUAUGCAGCAGGAUGUUUAGGUUUUGUCUUAUUAGCAACAAUAUCACCGGCAAAAAUGGAACAUCUUGCACUUGUAUACUUUGGAGGCUUAUCCUCCUCGUUUCUUUAUACAGGAGGCAUUGGACUUAAAUAUAUUGCUCUUGGAGAUGUUUUAAUACUUAUUAUUUUUGGUCCAAUAUCAGUUCUAUUUGCGUUUAUGGCACAGACAGGUUACAUUGAAUGGAAUACAAUGUAUUAUGCAAUUCCAUUGGCUCUUAAUACUGAAGCUAUAUUACAUAGCAACAAUACACGGGAUCUUGAAAGUGACAAACGAGCAGGAAUCGUGACAUUAGCAAUUUUAAUAGGCUACACAGCAUCACACGUUUUAUAUGCAUUUUUACUCUUUGCACCAUAUGUGACCCUUGUGGUGCUUGCACUUAGAUAUUCUAUCUGGUUCUUAUUGCCAUUGGUUACUUUACCAAAGGCAUUUAAAAUAGAAAAAAGUUUCAGGAAUUCAAGUACAAUUCAAGAUGUACCUAAAGAGACUGCUAGCUUAAAUCUUUAUUUGGGAGUUUUAUAUAUUGUUGCAUGUCUACUUAUUGAUCGACUUCCAUAUCUACAAUCUGUUUAAAAGUAUAAAAAAAAAACUUGUAUCACUGGUACAAUUUUUAAUGCUUAAAAUUGCCUGAGCUGGAGUAAUAAACAACAAUAAAAAAUUGCAUUGAGAAAUGAUUUGCAUUAUCAAGUAUCACGAUCAAACUAUUCAUCUUUAUAAAAAUAUUUUCAGAUUAAUAUAAGGAACAUAAACAACUUUUAUUAAAAUAUCUAAACACUUGAGAUAUAAGUCUGGUGUGUAAUUUUGUAUAGAAAAAAAAGUAAUAAAUGACUAUAUUAAUUACUUUUUUGGAAGUAAAUAUUUUCACUAGAUCCAAAUGAAAGUAUAUAAAAUUUCACUGGAUCUAGUGAACACUGUGUUAUUAAAAUGGGAAUUUCAUUUAUAUAUCACAGUUUUACUUAACAUCUUAGAAACAUAUACAAUUUCUUUUAACAAACAUUAACUUUUAAAUAUUCAACAUCUUAAUUUCAAUCACUCUUUAUGUCAUUGUAUAAGUAAUUAUAAAUCAUUGUUAUGGCAUAUAUAGUUCUUUAAUCAUUUUUAUUUUUAGAUA